AUGUACAACCACGAUGACGACGAAAUCGGUGCAGACACCCUCUUCCAAGACCCAGAGGGCUUCUAUCCCGAAGACAAACAGCCCACCUUCUCAGAGCACCAGAUGCUCUCCGGGCAAAUUAUCCGAGUGCGCCUAGUCGGCAGCCAUCCUCUCUACGGUAACAUGCUCUGGAACGCUGGACGAGUAAGCGCCGAAUACCUCGAAGAAAACGCCCCCCGGCUCGUCGCAAAUAAAGAUGUACUUGAAAUCGGUGCUGCGGCAGGUGUACCCAGCAUCAUUGCUGCAAUUAAAGGUGCGCGCACAGUGGUAAUGACAGACUAUUCCGAUCCUGAUCUCGUGGAUAAUAUGCGACGAAACGCCGAGGCUGCGUCGUCCAUGAUACCCCCGGGGAGUAAAUUGCAUGUUGCGGGAUAUAAAUGGGGUGCGGAUACGGAGGAGAUUAUGUCUUUCUUACCGGUUGAUACAGCGAAGAAAGCGUUUGAUACGUUGAUUAUGGCGGAUGUGGUGUAUAGUCAUCGGGAGCAUCCGAAUCUUAUCAAGACUAUGCAGGAGACUUUGAAAAGGUCGAGGGAUGCUGUGGCGUUGGUUAUAUUUACGCCGUAUCAGCCAUGGUUACUUCCCAAGACGGAGAAGUUUUUCCCCUUGGCUGAGCAGAAUGGGUUUGUGGUAACCCCAGUCUUUGAGAAAAUUAUGGAUAAGGCUUUGUUUGAGGAUGAUCCUGGGGACGAAACACUUCGUCGCACUGUAUAUGGAUACGAAAUCCGAUGGGCUGAUGGAAGUUUAUAACCAUAACGCUCCCGACAUGAUGAUUUAUGAUGACAUCCCAAAAGUUUAGACUUGACCUUACUACUUCUUGCGAGCAGGUCGGCUCACAUAACAAACAGCAAAUGUACAUCUGUCAUGCAUCAGUAUAUACAUACGAAUAUGGCAAGGCAGGGAACAUACCCAAAGGAUGACUACAACUCAACUGCGGCUUUUGAGAAUAAUCACGCUCCAACUUUGCUCUGAUAUUGUUGAGUAAUUGCAAAUAACUCUGUUUCGGGUACUGUCUCAAUGUUUCUAUGAAUGCCCAACUUAGGGCUCCUCGGGCCUGUCCGCCUUGGAAUGUGUCGGCGCUAGGUCGGAACAUCAGCCAUCUUUACUUUCAGAAGUAUUCGUAAUGACUUACGAAGUCUGCGUAUCUUUCGAUCCUGAAAACAUGACUACAUCCGCAGGCGAGGUCUUGGUCAUCAUCCUUCUUUCACGUGCCGAGUCGCCGAUUGUUGCUUUCUUGAAGAAUCCAAUAGCCGUUUGGGCGACGCCUCCUAAAUCGCCUUUUCCGUAAGCAGUGAAUGCGCUGAAGAGGUCUAGGGCUGCUUCUUUGGCUAGAUUUGGUUCUUUUAACACUCCCUUCACCAACGCAUUAGAAUUGGUACUUGCGAGGGAAGAUGACGUGUCGAACGUACCUGUGUGGAGUAGAUGAAUGGGAGAUCGAGUGCAGUUCCGGAAUGGCACGAGUCGAAUAUGGCUGUGAGUCGAACGCCGGGUCGGAGUGGUUUGACCCUGGUAUCCAUUCAUUAGUUAGAUUCCUCGAGUCUAGUUCUUUGUAUACCCACAUAAUAUCAUGCAUCUCAUCAUCC